GUCGUCGCCUGCUAUUUUGAUCACGUGAUCAAUUCAACCGCCAAAAUAAUUGUCAUUUGUCAUCGUCGGUUGUUGCAACGAAUUUAUUGUCUGCGUUUUUCCGCGAUUUAUAAAGAACAAAAAGCUUUUAAUUCGAACAGAAUCGAUCUAAAUCUGUGUCUAAAAUACAGCCGAAGGUAAAUCAUCAAAGAUCGCUGUUAGGGCGACUACACAAUGGCAAAGGUGCACAUAACAAACGUCGUCGUGUUGGAUAACCCGAGCCCGUUUCUGAACCCCUUCCAAUUCGACAUAACGUUCGAAUGCAUCGAGGAGCUCAAGGAGGAUCUGGAAUGGAAGAUGAUAUACGUCGGGUCGGCGGAGACGGAGGAGCACGACCAGGUUUUGGACACGAUAUACGUGGGGCCGAUACCGGAGGGCAAACACAUGUUCGUGUUCCAAGCGCCGCCGCCCGACGUCACCCGGAUACCCGAGAACGACGCGCUCGGCGUCACCGUGGUGCUGCUGACAUGCUCCUACCGGGGACAGGAGUUCGUGCGGGUCGGAUACUUCAUUAAUAACGAAUACAGCGAGUCUGAGCCCGAGCUGCGGGAGAACCCGCCGGCCAAGCCGCAGUUCGACAAAGUAGUUAGGAGUAUACUCGCCUCCGAGCCGAGAGUCACUAGGUUUAAGAUUAACUGGGCUGAACCGGACGCUGCGGUGGCCACGGACUCUGGAGACGGCAACAUGGAGUCCUCGCAUGCUCCCAGCAAUGACUCAUACGGAGCAUCAUUUAACGCGGAUAGUCAAAUUAGUGGUAUUGAAUUCCAAGGAAGCCUGAGCGGCUACGGGGAUAAUUCUAAUUCAAUAGCUCCUAUGGAGUGCUGAGGUAAGCAGUAAGUUGUGGUGAUAUUGUGCAGUCAUAGUAUGAACUUUAAAAGUGACUGAAAUGAUUAAGUUAUAUUUAGUUGUAAAUUAAUAUCUUUUGUAUGGAGAAAGGAGAUUAAUUUGUUUCACAAAAGGAAAUGAUUCCUGUUGUAGUGUGAAAUUAGUAAAGUAUUAAAGCACAGGCGUAUAUAUAGCAUUGAUAAGGGGGGGGGGGGGGUCCCUAAUGUAAAAAAGCCGCCAAGUGCGAGUUGGAAUCGCC